CCGGUUUACAUGUUUUCUCAUUGCUCAUUUUCAUUUUCCCGCCGUGACAGAGCGCGUAAAUCUCAAAACCCUAAAAAUGUCGAACAUAUACAAUUCAUUACCUUAAUCAGAUUUUCUCAACAGAAUCAAAAUCAAAAUCCAUGGAGGAAGAAGAAGGAUCAAUCCGACCAGAGUUUCCAAUCGGAAGAGUAAAGAAGAUAAUGAAACUGGACAAAGACAUCAACAAAAUCAACUCAGAAGCUCUUCACGUCAUCACUUACUCCACCGAACUCUUCCUCCACUUCCUCGCCGAGAAAUCUGCUGUUGUUACGGCGGAGAAGAAGCGUAAGACUGUUAAUCUCGAUCAUUUAAGAAUCGCCGUGAAAAGACACCAACCUACUAGUGAUUUCCUCUUAGACUCGCUUCCGUUGCCGGCUCAGCCUGUCAAACAUACCAAAUCGGUUUCCGACAAGAAGAUUCCGGCGCCGCCAAUUGGGACUCGUCGUAUCGAUGAUUUCUUCAGUAAAGGGAAAGCAAAGACUGAUUCAGCCUAAAGUAAAAUUUCUCAUUUUGUUCACAAUUGCAAAUUUUACUCUGUUCUCAAAUCAAAAUCUUGUUUUGCUAAAAGUGUAGUGAGAAUGUAUGGAUCAUGAGGAACUUUUAUAGGAAUUGGUAAUUUUAAAGAUGUUGUGUCUAUUAGCAUUUCUACUAAUUGGAGAAACUGAUUCUUGUCCUGUGACUGUGAGAUACAUCUCAUUGUGUUGCUUAGAAAUCUCUGCAUUGCUCUAACUUUGGUGUGUAGAGAUUGAGAGAGAGAGAGAGAGAGGUUUGGGAUGUGUAUUGUUCUUCUAAGCUAUUCUUAUAUGAAUACUACUUUUGAGUG